UUUUGGGGCACCACUUCUUCAGAAUUAAGGAAAUCAGACACAAGUGCACACGAUUUUCGGAGCCAGAGGAGGUGGCCUUGAGCAGUAGCCCAUGCUGCCCUCCGCGGGUUACUUUUGCCAUUUUCCAUGCCCUUUUGACAGCCCCGGGGGUCGGUGCCAGCGUUUGUGCUGCCACUUCAGGCACCGGGAAAUGCGGUGGGAACUGAGUGAGGCAGCUCGUUGCAGCAGCUUGGAGGUGCUCGGAGUGCGGCGGAGCCAUGUUGAAUCCAUGGGCACGACUACGGAAGAAUUGGAAAGAAUUAACAAAGAAAUCGAGUCAGUCAAGGCUGAGGUUGCAGAAAAGCGGAAGAGGCUCUCCAGGUUUACUUUAGCACUUGAAGAGCUAUCGCAAAGCCCCGUGGCCUCCUUGAGCGACACAAAUGUGAGACAAGGUUUUCCUGAAAAUAGCCUGCUCCCAAAAGAACAGUGGAAUGAACCGUCAAAGAGCAAAGAGAGUCAGCCUAGAAAGUACGUGAUGGACCACCGAUGUCCAGCAACUGACCUUGAAUAUGAUCCCUUGCUCAAUUAUUCUGCAGGGCUGCUUGGGGCAUCUAAAGCAAAGCAGGGUGAGACUGACAGGCAGCACUUCUGGAAAAAAUCUGUGGGUGGAAAUUGCCACAAGUCCCUGGAGAGCCAAAGACCUUAUGUUUCACCAAUACGAAUUAAAAUAAAUCUUCAAGAUUCUGAUGAAGAUGACCUUGUAAUGGAUGUACCUCCAAUCAUUCCUACUUCUAAGAAAUCUAAACCAUUUAGAGGCUUUAAAUAUCAGAAUAUGGAUGAAAAGAUACAAGUAUUGCCCCCGGAGGACAGAAAUCUUCAGAUCACUGGUAUAGAAGAGGAAAAGAUAGAUGAAACCCAACUAACCACACAAACAGAUGAUGAAAGUAGCAAGUUAGAACCACCAAAAUCACACAUGAAAACCUCACUAGAUACUAAAACUAACAUAAACUUGUGUGGUGUUAAAAACCACAUUUCUAAGAUGGAAAGCUUCGAUGGUGAGGAAAAGCAUGUCUGUAUUUCAGGAGAAAGUAUAACUUGUGCACCUCUCAGUGACAAAGAAAUACAGAAGGAAAGUCAUAAUGAAAGUUACCCAAAGAGCAGAAGACAUGUAAAAACAAUUGAUGAUACUCAAAAAGAAGAAACUGAAUGGCGAUAUUCACCAAGCCAACUCCAGUUCUCUUAUUCAGACGAUCAUGUGAAAGACAAAGUUCUGAGAGUACAAGACGACAGUCAAGACUUCACUACUUUUGAAGACAACAGAUUAGUUGAAUUUGAUUUUGAUAAGGAAUGUACUGAAGAUGACACUCCCUCUGACUCUGAUGACACUGUGAAGGAAUGUCUUCGAAUUUUCAAUAAGUUCACACGAAGCAAAGCUCAUAAGGGAGAGACUGCUAAGCAGCCUUCAGGAAAGCAAAUGGAAUUAGAUAUGCAAUAUUACCAAAACAUUUCUGGACCAAAAAGGAGAAUUGCACACACUGCCAAGUUGGAUGUUCCAACCAGUAAAGAGAUCACUAGCCCAUUCAGGGGACCAGUCCCAUUAAUUAGUCACACUGGAAUCCUUCAGGCCCAGCAACAGGCAGUGCAGAUAAUGGCUGCCAUUAAGGGUGGGCAGGCUUUUGUUGCUGACACUUCAGAACAGAAAAAAAAUACAUUUGCAUGUCCAUCCUCUCAGACCCAAAGGAAAGCCUCAGGAGAAAAUUCAUGUACAUCAGACAGCCUUCAUGUGGAUGUAGCUCUUUCAAAGGAAAAUCCAACUGCAAAGCCAAACAGAUCACACAUUCCUGUGAAAAGUAUUGCUUCUUUUCCUGUAAAGGCUAAAAUAGAAGAAAAGGCCGUUUAUGAAUGCUGUAGCAGUCAAAAUAUGUAUGUGAACAUAGCAAGAAAUACUCUGAAGAAGCUGAGAGACCAAGCUUCUAGGAAGAUGUGCUGUCGAUGUGGGAAGAUCUAUGGCGUGACUCCUGCAGGCAAACACAGCAGCAGAGAGGAAUGUCACUACCACUUUGGCCGACUGUUCUUGGUGGCUCAGAAAGGCGGUACAGCUGUUGUGAAGGUGUCCUUGGAUCCCCUGGGUGUCAGGUCGCCAAGUGCUAUACAGCCAAAGGUUUGGAACUUACUCAAGUGACAGUGGUUGAUCCCAGCCUCCAGGUGGUCUAUGAUACAUUUGUGAAACCAGAUGAAGAAGUCAUUGACUAUAACACUAGGUUUUCUGGUGUGGUUGAAGAUGACUUGAAGGACACGAAAACCUCAAUCCGUGAUGUGCACGCCACCUUGUUGAACCUGUUCAGUGCUGACACUGUACUAAUUGGACAUAGCUUUGAACAUAGUCUCUAUGCACUUAAGGUAAUUCAUACCUCAGUUGUGGACACAACAGUUAUGUUUCCUCAUCGGCUAGGCUUGCCUCACAAAAGACCCCUUAAAAGUCUAGUGGCCGACUACCUACGGAGAAUCAUUCAGGAUGAUGGUAAGAGCCUGCUUGUUCGUGAUAAAUAUCGGGAUCCUAAGUCUGACUUGAGUAAAUCAUGAGGUUCAUGGUAAAGGUCUACUGUUUGAAAUGCUUCCCUCUGGGUUCUCUUCUUGGGUAGAGAAUCCUAAAGCUUCUGCUUAAGUAAAAAGUGUUCCAUGCUCACUGCCUGGUAUAGUCCUAGAUGUUCCACAGGCAUCAAAACAGCAAUUCAACUGAGACUGGUGACCACAUCAUGGUUCAGCAAGUUGCCUGACCUUGGAAUUCAUGCAUAAAACUUUUGUUGGUGUAGAGAUCUAAUUCCAUUCUAAAUUUUACUGUGUACCUCCUUUCAGAUGUGAUUUUCGUUAAGCCUAAAGAGAUUCUAAAAUUGAUUGGGUCCAAGUUAUCUCACCCAGGGUAAAUAGUGUGUGUUGCGUAAGAAGAAGUAUAGCUCAAAUUCAAUAGAUUCAUGCGUGCACUUGCUCUGUAGUGGAUUGGUACAGAGGUUUUGCUGUCAGAACUUCUUUUCUUUUUGGUUUUUCUGAUGAAAAAUACCCAACAUUAAACAAGUUAAUCAAAUACAACAAGUACACCCACCAACUAUCCUGUUAGUGGCAUUGUGAUAUGCACGAGAUACGUGUCUGGCUUGGAAUGGAGGUUAGUUACUCUGUACAUUUCAUGUAUACCUAUAUAGGCCCCACUUUUGCACAAGAGGGAGAAGAAAGUUAAUUUUGAGUAUGUUAAAAUUAUGUUAUAAUGCUGUAUGUUUCUACAGAUGCUCCUCUGAUCAUGUCAUUUAUUGUACAAAAUACAGAUUUUACUUUAUGGUCUUUACUCUUUCAUUCUCUGUCUAUUAGACACUAACCAAUACCAUCUUGCAGAGAAUCUUUAAUUUACAUUAUCUGCUUUGUUAAAAAUAUUCGUAUCUCCAAUUCCCAGAAAAUGCUCUUAUAAAAUUUGUAAUGUGUUCUACUGAAAACAAUCUGCAACCAUGGACACAAAAAUAUUUCACCUAACAACAAAAAAUACCCUAUGUAAAACAAAAUCUUCUAAAAGUUAUAUAAUACCACAGUUCUCUCAGAAUAACACAAACAAUAAUAUACCAUUUUAGAAGUGUGGUCCAUAUGAUUUUUCUCAUUUAAUCUCGGACAUCAUUUAUUAUUUUCACCAGAACUGUAGGCUUGAUAUUUUGGGUAGAUUUCAUCUACUUUUUAAAACCAUGUCAUUUUGUAUCUAAGGUCACUCUUUGUCUAGAGAGGUGUACUUUUUCUAGCAUCCCUUAUUUCUGGCUUCUUGUCAGAUCUCUGUCGUUCAGUGGUACCUGUCACUUUGUUGUUGUAUCUCCCUGGAAACGAGGUUCAUGGAGAAGGUACUGGUGUGCUAUCCAGUCAUAGCAAUGUAGUGACCACAUGACUGAGGACAGGUUACAUAGAAAAAGGGAGAUGCUUGUUCAUCUGGAUUUAUGUAAAACAUUUCUAAAGCAACCAGUAGGGGUUGUUCUAGGUAUGAAAUAAUGAAAUAUUGAUAAGUGGCCAGUGGUAAUUUUGUUUCAAACUCAAGACUUCGUUUUGAGACCAUCCGUGGGUAACAUCACAGAGUUGUCUAUGUCUAAUGUGCUAUUUUAUACUCUAUACUAUUUGGAGGUCACGAUUCAAGUGAAAAUGCAAUCGCCUGCAUGGAACUGGUACUCUGGAAGGUAAAAGACGACCUGAAAGGAAAGAAGUAACCACUUAGCCCAAGAAUAUCUUAAACCUAUGCAUUGCUUCCGUGACUCCUUGGCCUCCACUGCUGGCAGUAGAGUUUGGUCUAUAAUGACAUGAGGUUUCUCCACACUUUCAAAGAGAAGAGGAGAAGGAAAAGCACUGUUGAGGUCUAUUUAUUACAUUUUAAAUGUUGAAUUUCCACAGUGAUUUCUAAAGUUGUGACUGGGGAAGAGGGGGGGAAGGAAUUAGGUUUUUUUGGAAUUUGACUCAUCUUCGUAGGCAGUGUACAGAUAACAGUGGAAGAUGGUUUGAAGUUGAAGUAAUGGGUCCAGGACUUUCACAAAGGUCGUUUCUCAGGUUACUUAAAUUCCUUUUACUCUCUAAAUCAUUUAUACUGCUUGGAGAUAGAAACAUCUUUACCUAACAAAAUUGUAAGCUUUCUUUAGAUCAUCUAUAUAGAAAUAGAAGUGGAGAUUUUCCUCACAAAAUAUAUGGAACUAAAUGUAAACUUUUCAGUGUACUAUUAACAUAAAAGUUCUGGUCAUUUGGCUAUUGUGUAAUGUGUUUUUAAUCUAACUGGUGUAUUCUUACUUGAUUUUGAUAUCAACAACUCACUGAUUUUUUUCUUUUUUAAGGCAGUGUCCUAUGGCUCUUCUAAACACGCUGAAAUCUAAUCUAUGUACCCAGUACUGGAAUCGUCUAAUUCCUUUAAGGGGUUGGUUCUUUCCUUCUUAACUGCUUUUUGAUAAUGUGGAAACUGGCCCGUGGAAAUGACAUGACUUUAUUCAACUUGACUAUUGACCUUUGAGUAAGUAUGAAUCUUUAUUAUUAAUGCUGUUAACAUGCUACAAAACUACAAAGGUUUCUCUGCCAAUGGUAGGGAUGAGACCCAGAGCUGUCAAUCGUAUGGUCUCUGUGCCAGGAGUAAAUUCAAGUUGAUGGUGAUGAUGUGCCCUCAGUAAGAACACCUCAGGUUUGCUGCUUUGGUACUUUGAACUUACAAGUAAAUCUUAAGUAUCACUGAAUUCCUUUUUCUUUUUUCUUUUUUUAAAAAAAAUUAUUUAUUUUUUGCUGCAUUGGGUCUUUGUUGCUGUGCGCGGGUUUUCUUUAGUUGCAGUAGGCAGGGACUACUCUUCGUUGCUUGCAGUGUGCAGGCUUCUCAUUGCGGUGGCUUCUCUUGUUGCGGAGCAUGGGCUCUCGGCGCGCAGGCUCAGUAGUUGUGGCGCACGGGCUUAGUUGCUCCACAGCCUGUGGGAUCUUCCCAGACCAGGGCUCGAACCUGUGUCCCCUGCAUUGGCAGGCGGAUUCUUAUCCACUGUGCCACCAGGGAAGUCCAGUUCCUUUUUCUUGAUACCAUAAGUACUUCCUUAGUCAUCUCUUAUACUUGAC